AAUUAUAAUUACAUAUUUUUUUUCUUUUAAUUUGUAAUUAUAACUAUAAUUUUGUAAUGUGAUUAUAAUGAUAUGAUUUGAUUGGAAGCCCCACCAAUAGAUAUUUUUGCGUUUCUUUAUAAAAAAAUCUCUUCCUUCUCCAUCUUCUUCAUCCUUAAUUUUAGAGUUUCUUUGUCUUCUUCGAUCUUCUCCAUUCCUAACACACCAUCCUUCCCUCCCUUCCAACACCUCUCUCUCUCUCUCUCUCUCAUUCCUUUCCGUUUCCUUCUCAGGUUCUCUCUAGAAAAACGGUAGGAUUAUUGUUUGUUUUUUGGAUUAGAGUUGUUGCAUUUCAAUUUUGACAGUUGGUGAAUCAGAUCAGGGCUUGAAUUGAAGUUGUGAUAUCAAGAAAAGUGGAAUUGCGUAAAGUUUGAUUUGUGGAAGUAGAAGUUGAUUUUUUUCAGAAAGGGAAUGUAUUGGGUUUUUUGCAUUUAGGUUAAGAAUUGUGAUGAAUACGAGGAGUUCAUGGGCUGAUUUGGCUUCGAAUUCUGCAGAUGAGCGCACAAAUGCUGGCUCUUCUGCUAACAAUGAAAGUGUAGGUACUGCGGGAAAUGCCCCUACUCGAUCCACAUAUGUCCCUCCUCAUCUCCGCAACCGCGCGCCAUCUUCAGAUCCACCAGCUGCUGCCUUUAGCGGGCCUGCGUCGAGUAAUGAUCGUCCUGGGUAUGGUGGUGGAUCUCGCUGGGGUGUUCCCCGAAAUGAUUACCGCGGUGGGUAUGGUAGUGGUGGUGGGAGAGGUGGUUGGGAUCGUGGGAGAGAGAGAGAAGUGGAUCCUUUUGGAAGUGAUAGGGCUUCUACGAGAUUGGGUGGAUUCCAUGGGAUUAAAGCAUCAAACAAGGGAGUGAUUGUUUUAAAGGAUGGAGGUGAUGGCCAUAGUGUGAAAUUGGGUGGGUUUCAAGGGGUUAAAUCAUCAAACAAGGGAGUCACAGUUCUAAAGGAUGAAAGUGAUGGGGCUAGUGUGAAAUUGGGUGCGUUUCAAGGUGCUAGGGCAUCAAACAAGGGAGUGGCUGUUUUGACAGAGGAUACAAAUUCAGCAGCAGUGCUUGGUUCCUUCAAGAUUUUGAGCUAUAAUGUUUGGUUCCGAGAAGACCUGGAGAUGCAUAGGAGGAUGAAAGCACUUGGGGAACUUAUUCAACUACAUUCACCAGAUGUCAUUUGUUUACAGGAGGUUAUUCCAGAUAUAUAUGACAUAUUUCAGCGAUCCAGCUGGUGGAAAGCUUAUCAAUGCUCUGUUUCUUCUGAAAUAGCAAGUUCAAGAGGAUACUUUUGCAUGCAGUUAAGCAAACUGCCAGUAAAAUCCUUCAGCACUAAACCCUUUAUGAAUUCAAUAAUGGGGAGAGAACUUUGCAUUGCUGAGCUUGAAGUUCCAGGAAAAAAGUCAUUAGUUGUUGCCACUAGCCAUCUAGAGAGUCCAUGUCCAGCACCUCCAAAAUGGGAUCAGAUGUUCAGCAAGGAACGUGUGGAUCAGGCAAAGGAGGCCAUCAACCUUCUCAAGAAGAACUCAAAUGUGAUUUUUUGUGGUGACAUGAACUGGGAUGAUAAGUUGGAUGGUCAGUUUCCUUUCCCUGAUGGAUGGGUUGAUGCCUGGGUAGAGUUGAAGCCAGGGGACAAUGGAUGGACAUAUGAUACCAAAUCCAAUCAAAUGUUGUCUGGUAAUCGUGCAUUGCAAAAGAGACUGGAUCGAUUCAUAUGCAGUCUGUGUGAUUUCAAGAUCAGUAAAAUUGACAUGAUUGGUAAGGAUGCAAUACCUGGCUUAUCAUAUAUGAAGGAGAAGAAAGUGAGAAAAGAGGUAAAGAUGUUGGAGUUACCUGUCUUGCCUAGUGACCAUUAUGGUUUGCUUUUAACAAUAUCCGGUCUGUAAAGUUAGUAACGAUUUUAUCUAGCUGGACGAUCACGAUACAGUCAGGGAACAAAAAAUCCUUUGAGCAUACUUUGCAUGCAAUUUUGUACAAAACAAACUCAAAGAUGCAAAGGCCUGGAGCAGCUUGCAGAGCAUGCUGUUACAGAUUUUGUAUAAAACUCUUUGGAUCGAAAUGAUAUGAACUGUUUCUUGUAA